UAUACAAUUCGUGUUCAUCACGCGCUUCUCUCUCUCUCUCUCUCUCUGUCUCUCUCAUUCUCAUUUCAGGCAUUUCUGCACUUGCGCUCUCUGUCUCAGCUUCAGACUCACGGGUUCUCUCUCCCCCCCUCUCUGCAAUUACUUGAUCUUUCCCAUUUAUUUGCCGAGAAACAUAUACGAAAGGAAGAGGAAACUUAGGGCUAUACAUAUACGAAAGGAAGAGGAAACUUAGGGCUCGAUUUUCACUUUCUUUUUCUCUCUCUCUCUCUCUCUGCAACCAAACAGAUUUUUACGCUCUAAUAAAUCUCUGCUUUGACGACUUGUUCGAUUCAAAUAUCUGAUUUCUAGGUCCUCGUAGGAUCUCCGCUGUCAACUUGAGUUCGCUUUUCUUCAGAUUCACCAAGGUGUGGAGGCGAGGCAUUUCUGAGUCGUUGAAGAUAUGGUUUCCUUUGAGAUGAAUGACCGCAAGAAGAUUGGACUAGGAUUGACAGGAUUUGGCAUAUUUUUCUCAUUCCUGGGGAUCAUCUUCUUUUUUGACAAGGGAUUACUUGCCAUGGGAAAUAUACUCUUCUUCUCAGGGGUGACUCUGACCAUUGGACUGAAGUCUUCCAUGCAGUUCUUCAUGAAACGCCAAAAUUUCAAGGGAACAAUUUCUUUUGGUGUUGGCUUCUUCUUUGUUGUCAUAGGAUGGCCUAUUUUGGGCAUGAUUUUGGAGGCAUAUGGAUUCAUUGUACUCUUCAGUGGGUUCUGGCCAACACUUGCGGUUUUUCUGCAAAAGAUACCUAUUCUCGGUUGGUUGUUCCAACAGCCAUAUAUCAGAUCGUUCUUUGACAGGUAUCGGGGCAGACGGGUGCCCGUAUGAGGCAGAAAAAGAUAUUUGAGGAAAGCUGCAGACGGACGCAGUUGCAAGUUCUUGUAAGAUACAGUCAGAACGUGACCAAUUGUGUUUUUUUUUUGUUCAUUCAGUUGAUUUGGUGGCUGUAGAAAAGAUCAGAAAACAGUUACUCAUUUGAUGAUGAGCUUUAUCUUUUACCAAAAGAAAGAAAAUAAAUAUUUUGAGCUCUUAUCUGUAGUA